UCACUCCCAGAGGCGGGGGGGGUCGGAUCCCGCGGACGGCUGCAGGCGGGCGCGAAGGCCAGGGGCUUAUGGCGAGUCCGGCUCUGAGCCGCUCCCUGGAGCGCCUGAGGCGGCGCUACCUGCGCAUGAACACGGGACCCGCGGGGGAUUGUCUUUCAGGUGCAUUACGGACCAAAUCUAAAAGUGAGAAUUCCCCAACGUACACAGGUAACCUGGACAGCUUGUUGGAUAAUACAGUUUCUUUGUCCAUAAAUACUUCACAAUCAAAAUCUGCUCAAAUAGGAAGAAAGUACUACACCAAACCUUUCGACGAUUUGUGUAAGAGGUUUAAAAACUUGGAUUGCUUUGAUGAUGAGGUAAAUUAUCUUCAUGAUUCAAGUCAGCUAGAAGAAGAGGAUAUUGUAAAUGUUUAUGGAAAUUAUAUAAUUAAAAAUACAGCCAUGCACACAGAAACAGAUGUCACCUUACCAUCUAAUUUGGCAGCAAAUACAGUCACAGGUAGUGAUUACAAUACCAGCAGUGAUCUAGGAAGGAAGACUCGGAGCAGGCCAGAGACUAAAGCAUUGAGUGGUCAGAGCUUGAUACCAUCUCAUAUCAAACAGAUUUAUGAGGAGUUAUUUGUUAUACAUCAAAAACUCCAGCAAGAAAAUUCAGCACAACAGGAAUACGCUCUGCAGCUUCAGAAACGAGAACAAUUUUUAGCUGAACGAGAAGCAUUGCUUUUCAGACAUGAAGCUGGUUUGACUAAGAUAAGGGGUGUUGAGGAAGAAGUCCAUGCAAAAUUUCAAAUGAUAAAGGAGCAAUAUGAGACAGAAGUUAAACAGCUGUCAGAUGCAUUGAGAGAGAAGACUAAAGAAAACAAGAGGCUCAAAUCAUCAUUUGACACUUUGAAGGAAAUGAAUGACUCCUUAAGAAAACAGGCAAGAUCGUUAAGUGAUGUGAGUGAGCAGAACAAGAAGUUGGAAGUUGAAGCAAGAAAAGUUCAAGCCCGGUUAGAGAAUUUACAAAGAAAGCAUGAGUUUUUGAUAAUACAGAAGUCAAAAGAUGUUUCUCAAGCAAUGCAACAAAGUAAACCUGUCAAGCAGGAAAAAAUGGUAUCAACAUCAAAAAUUGCUAAGGUACCACUUAAUUUGCAUGUUUAUGACCUGUUAACUGUUGUUAUGGAUUGGAUCUCAGAUCAGUACCUCAGUAAAAUGAAAGCUGAGGAAGAACGAGAAGACAGUCACAAAGUGAUGUGCACCUCUCAAAAAAAUUACACACAAGAGAAGUGUGCAAAGCUCCUACCUAUGGUUGCCGAGCAACUUCAGUGGAUGCCGUUUGUAAACCCUCAACUGCAUAGGCCUGUGAUUAAAUUUAUUUACUGGGCUCUACGGCAGCUAGACAGUGGGACACAGCAUGCAACUAUGACAUCAACAAUGAGGAGACUUGGUGAAGAUGUAUUCAGAGGAAUAAUAAGUAAGGGAAAUCAGCAUAGUUCUUCUGAACAACCUACUGACAAUAAGCCAAAGUCAGCUGCUUUCUUUAAGAGUUCCAUUUUGCCUUUGAGAUUUGUGUCAACUUUAAUAGUACUCAAAACAGUAACACAAGCUGAUUACCUGGCUCAGGCAUUUGAUUCCCUUUGCAUGGAUUUGAAGACAGAUGAAGGGAAGACCAUAUUUUUGGAGUACCAAUCUGUGCCUGUCAUAUUAAGUCACUUAAAAAUAUCCAGUAGAGGUCUGCUUAGCAAUGCCCUUGAUGCCUUACUUCAGAUGACAAUGGAAUCUGGUUUCUUGCAGCCUUUCCUGGAAGCCUGUAGUAACGAGUCCUUUUUCCGUACUUGUUCUGUGUUGCUUCGAAACCCUAAACUAGAUCUUCAGAUACUGGAAAAACUCAGCAUUUUACUGCAAAAGCUCUCCAGAAUCAAGAGAGAGACCAGACUGACAGGAGGAAAGGUCCUGGAAGAAUCCUGAAUUCCCUAAAAGAGGGAAACAAGAAGCACAGGAGUCCAAAGUCUCCGCCGCACUCUGAGAACUUUUGAUUUCAAUAAGGUUAAUUUCACUUUGCUGCCAUUGGUAAAGUUAAGAGCUACUACAGUUAAGGAAAUCAGGAAGACAGCACUGUAUUUGUUCAUGUUUGGAAAAUUUUCUUCCCAACAAGAAGCUGAGUAUGUCACCUAGGACUGAAUGGCUUGAGGGACUGACAGACUUAUGCAAAGCUUUUCAUCUUCAGCUGGCAUACCAGGUAGCAUGCAGCCAUGCUGUGCUCCCCUGGCUCUCAAACCUCUGUACUUCUUCCUGGAUCCCUUCAGGAGUUUCAGAAUUGAUUGCAUCUUUGUGGAGCUGUAUCUUCAGUCCAACCUGGAGAUGAAUCACUGGAAUUCAGACAUCUUCAAGCAGGAAGCAACUGUGACCACCUGAAACCUGAGAUUCUGCUCCUGCCUCUGUUUCAAGGUAAUUUGUAUCAUCACAGAUCCUCACAGGAAGUGAGAGGCUUCGUACCAGCUAUGAACUGACUGCCCAGAGGAGUUUUCCAUCUAUUGACUCCUCUGUGAUCCUAUGAAAUAUGAACUUUCGUUUCUACCCAGGAGGACUUUUACAGUCUUUUCUCUAAUACCUGAUGAAGGGUGUUUGCGCCCGAAGGCUUGCAAUUAAAUAAUUUUAUUUGCAAAAAUCUUGUUAGUUUAAUAAAAGAUGUCAUCUCUACUACCAGUCCUGAUUGCCUGGAGGAAGAAGCACAUUUCCUACUGUGAUGGACAAGGAAGCCAUCACCCUAAAGUGGAGCAGUCACGUACUCAGGGAGUUCAAAAGUUCAUAGAGUUCAAAAGUUCAAGGAUAGCUUAUUGCAUUGCAGUUUUUGCUGACCUACUUUUUGUAACCCCCUCUUGUGGAAAAGUACCAGGUUUGGUGGAAAAUGCGCAGAUAUGGGUUUGGUGUUACCUUAUAUGGAAAUGUUGUUUACCGCUGAUGCCUUGCCUCUUUGUAAAGAGUAUAAAAGAACGCCCCACCUUUUAAUCGGGGCCAUUUUGCCUCCUUGUUGGCUUAUGGUCUUUGCUCGAGCAAAUAAACUGCAGGAAGCCUUUACCCGUGUUGCCUGGUUCCUUUGUGGCUAGACAACGAACUUCAGGGAGUUUUCUCCAACGACAGUUUGGCACCCCAGAGGGGACCCGUCUAGCUUGGAGCUUUUGGAGACCUCCACCCCCCGACACCCCAGCGCGCACCAGGUGAGUUCACCUAUUUGGGUCAGUCUCGGGAGGUGGAUGGUCCCCUCGGGACCAAUAAGGUGGGAUCCUCAAAUUGGGUAAAGGAAUGGUACCAGUGUGUACCUCAGGUCAGUACAUUUCUGGUUUUCUGGUUAUUCCUCUAGAGGAUUCUGGUAGCAGUCUAAGGGUAUCUGUCUGCCUCUUAAAAGCUGAUAGAGCGGCAGCCUGUCCGAAAGGCGAAAGACAUGGAUAUGAGGUAGAAGUACUGUCAUAAUGGCCAGCGGCUAGGGUCUCGGACUCAAGGCGCCCCUCCUUACGGAGAAAGCCAGUGGGGUCCGAGAACACCGGUUGUUGUACAUACACGAAACAGUCCUUAGGCAGGUAGAAUUCAGGAAAUAAGACUGCUCAUAACUGAAUAUUAACAUGGGUUCCGGUCAAGGAAAGGUUAUUCCUCUUUCUCCCCUUGAUUAUAUGAUUAAAAAUUGGACACGUUUGGAGGGUCGGGCAGGGUUAUCCAAGACCCGUAUGGCAAAAUUUUGUUUAACUAACUGGACGUCGUAUACGUCCCAGCUGGAUUCGGGAAGACAAUGGCCAAAAAAUGGAUCAUUUGACCCGACCCGUUUAACUGCCUUGCGAAAAAUCUUGGAAAACCUCCGGCCAGGUCAAAUGGACUAUUGGUUUCUGUGGGACAAUGUCACUACCAAACGAUCUAAACGAAUGUCUCUUAUUACAUCCUCGCUUUUAGCUCCUCUACAAUGUCCCAAACCCUCCACUCCGCCCUCUUAUUCAGAAGAUGACUAUAGGCCUAAGUCCCAACCUCCCAGUCCUGCCCCACCCUUAAUCCCACCUGAUCUGUUCAUUCCUGCACCGGCAGAAGACUCGGAAAAUCAUAGGGAGGCGUCACUCCGACCGCCUCCCGGCGACCGCCCAAGUCCUGAGCCUGUAGAUGGAUCAAGUCAUCCCUCUCCAGGCUCAACCUCCCCGAACACUGAUUCAACUCCCAUAGCUAAUCGUACCCGACAAUGAGUACCUAACCCUAGCCUUCUGGCUCCCCUAAAAGAGUACCCAGUACCUGGUGAUAAUGGCCAAGUUAUCAGUCACUGGACACAUACUCCGUUCACCACCACUGACCUCUUAAAUUGGCAAGAAAAUACUCCCAGACUUAGAGACAAUCCAAAAAUAGUCCUAAGGCAUUUUAAAACUAUCUUCAUGACUCAUCAUCCCUCGUGGUCAGACAUCAUGCAACUUCUCGAAAGCCUCUUAACCUCAGAUGAGAAAACCCAAGUAUUGUGCCAUGCUGACCAAUUUCUAGCCGACCAGCAGCAUCAAAACCACCCCAUGCCUAAUGGCGUACCUAGGCAAGAUCCAAAUUGGAAUUACAACCAGGAAGGGGGCCAAAAUGCAAUACGUAUGCUAAAGGAAAGUAUCUUAGAAGGACUAAAAAAGGCAGGAGAUAAAACUGCAAAUUGGUCCAAGGUGACAGGUGUUGUUCAGGGUCCAGAAGAACACCCUUCAGACUACUUUGAAAGACUCUGUAAAACUAUGCACCAACGUAGAAACAUGGACCCCGAGUCACCUGCCACUUUGCCUGUGUUAAGACUUGUAUUCGUAAGAUAGGCUAGCGAAGAUAUUAGAAAGAAACUCCAACAUAACACCGAGGGUGUUGAGGGCAAAUCCAUGGCCGAAAUCUUGGCCACUGCUACAAAAACCUUUAAUGGAAGAGAAGAAAAAAAAAAGAAAAACAAAGGGAAGGCCAAUUCAACAUUCGCAUGUUGGCAGCAGUAAUUCAGCCUCCAAAUCCCUAUGGAACCAGUCUGCCCCGUGGCCCAAGGCCCUUUGCACCUAGACCACCGGGCCGCACCCACCAACCAUAUGGGCCCAAUGUAUGCCAUUACUGUAAGCAGGAAGGACACUGGAAGAGAGAGUGUAAAUUAAGACCAAAAAGGUCCCCAAGUGAUAACCCUGAAAAGAAAAAAUUCAAGAACCCUCCAUUUGCCACUGUUACCCCAGAUUUUACUCGAGACCAAUUUGAUGACUGACACAAGGAGGGAGAUUUUACGUGCCACCUUUUGCAACUAUCCUCUGCCCAACCCAAAGAAGUCAUCCUAAACUGCAGUGUUCAAGACCCUCUGGUACCCUUAGAAAUAGGAGGACAUAUCUACGAGCACCUGCUAGACACAGGGGCAACUUUUUCCAGUACUUCAAAAGGACAUCUUUCACCAAGUGAGAGACAAGUCACAGUUAUGGGACUUGAAGGUAGACCCUUUCAUUGCUCAUUUUCUCAAACCGCAAACACUAAAAUUGGCCCUCUCUCAGCAGAACACUCUUUUCUUCUAGCAACUGGUUCUGUAAACCUUCUUGGACGGGAUCUUCUUUGCAAGCUACAAGCCACCAUACAGUGCUCACCCAACGGAAUUAUUCUAACGUUUCCGUCCUCCCAGAUCCCUGUGUUAGCCACAGUGCUUGAAGUUACGAAAAACUCAAGCUUACAGUCUCUUCCCCUUGUUCUAAAAGAAAAGGUACCCCCAGAACUUUGGGGCCUCACCUCCAGCUCCAUGGGAUUCUUAAAAUCUGCAGUUCCUGUCAAAAUCCUAAUUCGUACCAAUGUCGAACCACCUAGAGUACCCCAAUACCCUUUAAGAACACAGGCAAUUGAAGGACUUAAGCCUUUAAUUGAGGAUUUUUCUAAACAAGGAAUUUUAAUUCCCUGUCAGUCCCCUUGUAACACUCCCAUACUUCCAGUAAAAAAGCCUAAGCCUGGCCCAGACGGGAAGCCCAUUUAGCGUUUUGUUCAGGACCUCAGACAAAUUAACAAGUAUGUCAUUCCUCGACAUCCUGUUGUUCCUAACCCCAAUGCUAUCUUAACUGCAAUACCCCCUGAAACUGCUGUUUAUACAGUAGUAGACCUCUGUUCAGCUUUCUUCAGCAUCCCCAUCCACCCUGAAUCCCAAUAUCUUUUUGCCUUCACCUGGGGUUCUUCUCAACUGACCUGGACAAGGUUGCCCCAGGGAUAUGUAGAAUCUCCCGGCAUUUUUUCUCAGAUUCUUCACAAAGAUUUGCAAGAUGUUACCUUUCCUAACUCCUUAUCCUUCUUAAUAUACGUGGAUGAUUUACUCUUAUGCUCUACCUCAUCAGAGGCAUCUACCCAGGACACCAUCAUCUUGCUUACUGCGCUAGCUGCCAAGGGUCACAAGGUCUCACCAAGCAAGCUUCAGUUCUGUAAAUCCACUGUUAAAUACUUAGGACAUGUAUUAGAGCCAGGCCAACGACGCCUUAGUGAUGACAGAAUCCAAGCCAUUCUAAAUAUCCCCAAACCUACAACAAAGCGUCAGGUUAGAGGUCUGCUGGAAAUGGUAGGGUUCUGUCACUCUUGGAUCCCAGCCUUCGGAGAGUUAACCAAGCCACUUGUGCAGCUUACCACAAAAGAUGCAGAAGAGCCAGUCUUUUGGGAUCAUGAAGCCGCCCGCAGCUUCAGCAAUAUAAAAACAGCUCUAGCCUCUGCUCCUGCUCUAGGGCUACCAGAUUAUCGAAAGCCUUUCACGCUCUUUGUCCAUGAGUGACUAGGAGUAGCCUCUGGGGUACUUACCCAACCCUUAGGCAUCACCCAACGCCCAGUAGCUUACUUUUCUGCACAAUUGGAUCCAGUGACAAAGGGUGGAGAGGGAUGCCUUCGCACAGUGGCAGCAGCUGCAACAAUAGUCGAGAAAGCCCAGGAAUUAGUCCUUGGAUACCCCUUAUCCUAAAGGCCCCGCAUGUGGUGACCCUCCUCCUUCUCCAGAAAAAUACUCAACAUUUUUCUCACCGGAGAAUGAACAAAUACAAAACCACACUCUUAAUGGCCACAAACCUGGUCAUAGAAAGAUGCAAUACCCUGAAUCCGGCCACCCUACUACCUCUUCCCAACGAUGGCGAACCAGACUUCCAUGAUUGUCUUCAAGUUGCAGCAUUCUCAGACAAACCCAGGGCAGAUCUCAGUGACUUACUCUUAGACAACCCUGACUUAAUUUUUUAUGUAGAUGGCUCUUCAAAAAUAGUUAACGGGGUUAGAAGAACGGGUUAUGCGGUAGUAACUCCAUUUGAAGUACUUGAAGUUGAACCACUGCCUGGGCAGUUGAGCGCGCAGGUGGCCGAACUUACUGCCCUUACACGAGCUUGUCAAUUAGCAUAAGCCACUCUGUAAAUAUUUGGACUGAUUCUAAGUACGCCUUCAGAAUCUGUCAUGCCACUGGACAAUUGUGGAAACAAAGAGGAUUUAUGACAGCCUCUGGAACUAAAAUAGCAAAUGCCAAACAAGUCCGCGAUCUCCUACACGCUAUAAUGUCACCAAAGGCCAUAGCUGUAAUGCAUUGCCCAGCCCACACCAAAAAGGGAGAUCAAGUCUCAAAAGGCAAUGCCCUGGCCGAUGCAGCGGCCCUACAGCCACUAUCCACCCUAGCCUUCCAAACUAAAAUUCCUCAGUCAAAGACAUAUUUGGGAGUAUCGCUAAAGCCAAAAAUGUACAAAUCUGCACUGUUUUCAGAACAACAAAGAUGGAAAGCGGCUGGAGCCACCUGUGAGUAAGAUGGAAUAUGGCGAUUACCGGACGGAAGGAUAGUUCUACCUAAAGUAGCCCUUAGACCUUAUCUACAACAACUCCGUCAAAGCGAACAUUUAGGUUGUGAAAAACUUGCCGCUAUCACUAAUAGGCUAUGGCUGCGCAUCCGGAGUCUACCAGGAAGCAAAAAGGCUUUUAGAACACUGCAGUAUAUGCAAAAGGUUUUAUAUCAAAGGGGAAAAAUCAGGACCCCGCCCCCGGAGCCCGCCCCUGGGUUUAUGCUCCCUUUGAAAGACUACAAAUAGAUUUUGCUGAUAUGCCUAAAGAUAGUGGGUACAAAAACCUCCUAGUAAUCAUUGAACAACUCACGGGGUGGGUAGAAGCCUUCCCCACCAGAAGAGCCACAGCGCAAUAAGUAGUGAAAAUACUCCUUAAUGAAAUUGUACCCAGGUUUGGUCCACCACAUACCAUUGAAAGCGAUCAAGGAACACAUUUUACAGCUGACAUAAAUAGAACACUGGCCAGCUGCCUAGGAAUAGAAUGGAAAUUCCAUACCCCUUGGCACCCAGAAAGCUCAGGACAAGUAGAGAGAAUGAAUCAGACCCUAAAGCAAAAAAUUAGAAAACUUUGUGCUGAAAGUGGGUUAAAAUGGACCAAGGCCCUUCCAUUAACUCUUAUGUCCAUCCGAACCACCCCCAGGGGAAAACUAAAGUUCAGCCCUUACGAGCUGUUGUUUGGACACCCUGUUCCCCAAAAUUCCCCCUUAUUGCCGGCUCACACCUCCUGUCUUUUAGGCAAUGAAGAACUCACCUCUUAUAUUUUAUCUCUACAAUCUCAGUUAAAAUCUCUCCAUAGGUAUGCUGCUCUGAGCCAACCCUUACCUGCCGAUGUUCCAGCACAUCGCAUCCAGCCUGGAGACUGGGUGUACAUAAAAACUUGGAAACGAUCUCCCCUUGAACCUAGGUGGCAAGGACCAUAUCAAGUCCUCCUCACCUCCCACACCGCCGUAAAGGUAGCAGAAAAAGACAACUGGAUUCAUUAUACUCGUACAAAGAGGAGAGAAGUUUCACCAGAGCUCAGGAUCGGCUCCAACGCAAGCUUCCCCGACCUGGAAAAGGGAAAGCCAGAAGAAGACGACUGCAGACUUCGUGGGAGCACCGCACGUCUACCUGACCGCAACAAGGGUAGGCCAGAAGCAGACGAAAAUAUAAAAACAAACACCUCCUGGACCUGCAGCCCAUUAGAUAAUAUAAAACUCAAACUAACCAAAAUCAACUAAUGAACUAUCAACCUUUUGGGAUCCUGUCCAGUCUAAAAAACACCGAACUCCAAGUACAGCAUCCUUUAGACACUUUCGGACCAGACAGAACCGAACACUUUGGGACUGUAACGUGCCCCAGAAGAGCAGUUACUGGAGCUGCAGGGUUGCUCAUAUUGUUUGUGCUGAUUUUUGUUAUAGUAUGGCUUUUAUAACUAUGUUAUUAAUAACCUUUCUCUUUGUCGGGGGAAUGGGUCCUUUACCCGGGUCGGCUAUGGCUGCCAGUUGCUGCAGAUGUGCUACUCCCGGCAUCCGCGGUUUCCCUGCCUGGAUAUGCGAUUCAAUCAAACCCUCUGAAAUAGAUGGUAAGGUCAAUAUUGCUCGCUGGUAUCCUCCCUCACGUUGCUGUGGUUUAGCAGAAGUCCAAGUAUUUAGUUCUGGAGUAGAAUAUUGUGUAAAGCCUAGCCACCCAAUUUACAAACAGUUCUCAGAGUCUGUGCAGGCUAAGGCUAAGGCUGCUCUUAAAUAUGCUGCUUCCCUUGCCUCUGAUGAUAACAUGUACCUCCAAUACGUUGAGAGAGCCGCUAUAGCGGAAAACCAAAGUAACUGUUGGGUGUGCAGCCAUCUCCCUCUCCACACCCAAGGGGGAAUUCCCAUGACUCCUGUUCCUUUGGGCCAGAUCGAGUCAUUUUUAAAUCCCUCUAACCAAACUUGGAACCAGGAUCAACAGGAAUACCUCUUAGUAAGGCUUGUUGUUGGGGAUUGGUGUUUUUAUAUAAACUGCUCAGUACCAAACUGUAUUGACUUAGGCAACAGCACGUUACCACUAUUUUGCUAGUUUGAAUGGAGGAGACUGGCGUAAUAAUAAUACAGCAAAGCCUACUUUUUGCAGCUCGUAUAAUAAUUUCUAUAGUGCUACAAAUUUAACCAAUGGCAAAAACCCUAUAUAUAACCCCACUUCCUCUACUCCCCAGCUGUGGUACUGUGCAUAUAGUGACUCCACUCUAGGUCAGUGCUUUGUCAAUGGCACCUUUAACCCUUCCUACGCAAAAAAGGGUGCUCGAGGAGUAUUAAGUUCGGGAACGGGCAACUUUCCCUUUCCUGAAUCAUUCUGAAUUCGUGCUGCCUUCAUAGGGCAAUAUUGGAUCUGCGGUUCUAGUGCUUACCAUAUAAUUUCCGCAAAUUGAAAAGGCAUCUGCUACCCAGCAAUGCUAAAACCUUCUACCUCCUUUCUAGCACACCUUCCCCAAGGAAGGUGGCGAAAUAAAAGAGACUUACAAGAAAGCCAAGAUAUGCUGGAAAAUUAUCAAAAAAAUCCACUUACCAAAGGAAAACUAAUUGGGCGCUCCCUGGCCGGUAUACUCCCUGGAGUAGGUACUGCAUGUCUUGGAAGAUAUACCUUGCGCCUCCAAGCUGUAAUAGAAAUUCUCGCCCACGAACUCGGUGAAGGCCACCAACAGCUUUCAAGCGCUGUCGCUGCUUUAGCCACCACCCAGGAAGAACUUCGACAAAUGGUAAUUCAAAACCGUAUAGCCCUUGAUUUCCUCCUCGCUGCCCAAGGAGGUACAUGUGCAGUUAUUGGACAAGAAUGCUGUGUCUGGGUUAACAGUUCCUUUACUAUAAUACAAACUUACCUCAGUGAUGCUGCUGUCCACAUCCAAAGAGCCGAGGACAUAGCAAAAAUCCCCAAGGAUACCUCCCUCAGUUGGUUAAAUAGUUGGUUCCCUUCUGUCACUGGAUGGCUAAGAACCUUUGUGCUAAGCAUUAUUGGAGUUAUUUUAGUUAUAGUUUUCAAUGCUUGUGUUCUUUAGGACAACAGCUUAUGCAAAAGCAAGUAAAAAUGUACGGUCAAAUAUCCAGCAACAACAACCAUGGAGAUCUAACCCCACUAGAACUUAACUACCUAAAUGAAUGUUCCAAAACUUCCUGUGGAAGCUUGGAACAAAGGGGGGAACUGUGAUGGGCAAGGAAGCCAUCACCCUAAGGUGGAGCAGUCACGUACUCAGGGAGUUCAAAAGUUCAGGGAAUUCAAAAGUUCAUAGAGUUCAAAAGUUCAAGGAUAGCUUACAUUGCAUUUCAAUUUUUGCUGACCUACUUUUUGUAACCGCCGCUUGUGGAAAAGUAUCAGGUUUGGUGGAAAAUGCGCAGAUGUGGGUUUGGUGUUACCUUAUAUGGAAAUGUUUACCGCUGAUGCCUUGCCUUUUUGUAAAGAGUAUAAAAGAAUGCUCCGCCUUUUAGUCGGAGCCAUUUUGCCUCCUUGUUGGCUUAUGGUCUUUGCUCGAGCAAAUAAACUGCAGGAAGCCUU